GCUAGCUAGAGCACCUAGUCGACAGGGUACCUUCGUCUUUUAUUGUUAUUGACAACAGUCAGGAAAUACACACGGGUCCGGUAAGGAUUCACGGACGGUAAACGGCUGUGGAGAAUUUUUUUGGCCUUUUCAUGUUUUCACGCAGCAGCUCUCCGGUAUGCAAAGGCGGUUUGUGAGGCACGGCAGACGGCGGCAGACAGGAGAGAAGUGACGGGGGACUGUGUAUGCGUGGUUUCCUCACCUGCUCCGUCGAUAUGCUGCACAGGUAAACACAAGCAUCUCUGUGCACCAGGCUUCCCUCACUCCUUCCUCACCCCCGCCCCAUUUUGCUGAUGAUGUCCUCACCACCAGCGAAGCCCUCCGCCACCUCCCCCACUUCCGGGUCCCGGCUGAAGCCUUCGGAAGCCCUAGACUCUCUGUCCGUGUCUUCCCUCCUGUCUGGGGAUUUAGAUGACGAUGGGGACGGAGGUAGAGAAGGGGAUGAGGAAGGGUUGGGAGAUCUAGAAGUGAACCCGUACGAUGGUUUGCCCUUUUCUUCACGUUACUACGCCCUGCUGGAAGAGAGGCGGAAGUUUCCCAUAUGGAGGUUCAGACAGAGUCUGCUGGAGAACCUGGAGAACAACAAUAUGGUGCUGAUCAGUGCACCCAGUGGAGCUGGAAAAAGCACCCAGGUGCCACAGUGGUGUGUGGAGUAUGCUUUGUCCUAUGAGUUCUCUCAGGGCCUGGUGUGCUGUUCUCAGCCCUAUUCAGCAGCAGCAGUGAGUCUAGCUCUUCGUGUGGCUGAUGAGAUGGACCUCAGCCUGGGUCUGGAGGUGGGCUACAGGGUCUCUCAUGAUGACGGCUGUACCCCAGACACCUUGCUCAGGUUUGUCAGUGACACUCUCCUGCUAGAAGAAAUGAUGUCAGACCCUCUGCUACACCAGUAUGGCGUUGUUGUCUUGGACGAGCUCCAGGAGCGCACCGUGCCCACAGAUGUGCUUCUGGGUCUGCUGUGCGACGUCUGUCGCCAGAGGCCAGACAACUUCCGGGUGGUUCUCCUCACUCACCCGACACUAGCACCGUGUCUGGCUACCUUCUUGGGACCUUCUAUCCCUCACCUGUCCCUUGACAACCUGCUCUCUGAACCCCCUACCAGAGGCGAAGAAGAGGGAGGCGAGGAGGAGGUAGACGAGGAGAGGAAAGCUGUGGAGGUGAACAAGGUGGAGACUCUGUACCGGGAGCUUUCUUCUGGGAAGGAACCCGUUGCCGCUGCCUGUCACAUGGUGCUGGAUCUGCACCGGAGGGGAGAGGAAGGAGAUGUGAUGGUGUUUCUGGCUAGUGCACAGGAAAUAGAGGAGUGUGUGUCUUUACUGGAGAAGGAGUGUGUGGCUCUGAGUCCUCAGCUGGGUCCUCUCAGGAUCCUCCCCCUGCACGCUGGCCUCGGUGAGCUGACCCAGCGGGUGUAUGGGUCCGACCCUGAGGCUUCUAAGCUGAGGGAGAACGACAGCUCUGAGGGGGCGCACGGCUCGGUGCUGGGAGUCGGAGGCCCUGGGGUCAAGAGGAAGAUCAUCAUCACUGAUACCAUUGCAGAGGCUUCCUUCUCCCUGCAGGCUAUCCGUUAUGUCAUAGACACAGGCCUUCAGCUCAAAACUGUUUACAAUCCUCAGAUUAGAGCAAACUCACAAGUUCUGAGGACUAUCAGCAAAAACCAGGCUGACAUGAGAACUGAAAGAGUCAAUAGUCAUCUUCCAGGGCUGUGUUUGCGUCUUUAUCCUCAGUCUGUGUAUGAUGAGGGGAUGGGGGAGUCUCACUGUCCGGGGGUGGCGGAGGAGAACCUCAGUCACCUGGUUCUGUUGCUCAAGAGACUUGAUAUUGCUGACAUGGGACAGUGCAAGUUCCUGGACAGACCAGCCCCCGAGGCUCUAAUGCAGGCCCUGGAGGACCUGGACUACCUGGCAGGACUGGAUGACGAUGGUAACUUAUCAGAGGUGGGCAUCAUAAUGUCAGAGCUGCCGCUGGAGCCGUCUCUAGCUAAAUCCCUGAUCGCUGCCUGCGAGUACGACUGCGUGGAUGAGCUGCUCACCAUAGCUGCCAUGCUCACAGCUCCACCCUGCUUCAUGAUAGUGGAGCCCAGCAGAGAGGAAGCUGCUGUCACUCACUGGAGACCUCUUAUGCACACAGAGGGAGAUCACAUGACUCUCAUUAAUAUCUAUAAAGCCUACAUGGAACAUAAUCAGGACGAGAUUUGGUGCACAACGAACUUCCUCAACCACGCCGCCCUACGAUUGGCUGUGGUGAUCAGGGCGGAGCUGCUGGAGGUGAUGCAGCGAAUCGAGCUCCCUGUUUCGCCUCCCGCUUUCGGUUGCCAGGACAACUGCACCAACAUCAAGCGUGCUCUCAUCUCAGGCUUCUUCCUCAAAGUGGCUCAUGAUGUGGACGGCUCAGGUAACUACCUCCUGCUAACUCAUCGCCACGUGGCUCACCUGCAUCCCUUCUCCUCCUACCUGUGUCGCCAGCCCUGUCCUGACCCCCCCAGCUGGGUCCUCUACCACGAAUUCACCAUCUCCCGCGACAACUGCAUCCGCAUCGCUUCAGAAGUGCAUCCUCAGAUGCUGGUGGAGCUCGCCCCUCAGUACUACCUGGGCAACCUGCCAGCGAGUGAUGGCAAAGAGCUGCUGAUGGAGCUGAGGCAGAGUCUGGAGCCUCAGACGUACGAUCAGGACGGAGUGUCGGACGCACGCAGCCGGACUCACAAAGACGGAGAUGCAGACGGUCAGCCCAGCACUGAGCUCUGCGUUGUCCAAUGAGACGAGACGAAAAGAAGAGACGCAGCAUCUCAGGAGAAGACACUAAAGACACACACACACACACACACACACACACACACACACACACACACACAC